AUGUUCCCUCAUCCGGGAACUCGGAUUGCUCAUCCCACCAAUGGCUGCUACCCGCCCUCGGGACGCGUCCUUGAAGCCCCAGCCAAUGAGCAAGCGAAGAAAAGGGCGGAGGGGCGGGCGCUUCGCAGCUCGAGCCGCUAUUGGGGCGUGGGGAAGGUGGUGGGGGAGGGCAGAGGGAUGGGAACUGGGGAGAAGAAGGGCACGGCGGCGGGAGGGAAGAAACAGAGCGAGCUACGCUGCGGGAGCAAGGGGACCCGCCGGCUGUGGUCACGUGCUUGGGAGGAGGGGCUGAGAGGCUUAGGGGAGGGGCAUGCAGUACCGAGCACCGCCCCCCUCCCCCCCAACUCACGUCACCCGCUCAGCCUUCUCCUAGCCUGGUUCCAGAGACCACGUGAAGUCUCCGCGGGGUCUAGCGCGCCCUCCUUCCCGCCCUGCCUACCCCCGCAAGAGUACCUCGCAGGCGGAGACCCACCAGUCCUCAUCCUUCUUCCGGGGCCCGGGGUACCCUCCUCCCCGGUCCCCUCUGCAUCGCUGCGGCUCCUCCGGUCUGACAGGCGAGUCCCGAGCCACCGACUGAUCACGACCCACUGUUGCAACUUCAUUUUCAGCUGAAUGUCCCUACUCUUCUUUCCUCACGACUUGUGACUCCCCUACCUCCCCUACCCCACCCCAACGGGAUAGUUUCACAGGAAAUUCAGUGAGGCAAAGUCACCUCGUUGGUCACAAAAGACGUUUUGGUCUACCCAUAGAGGGCUUGGGGUGAGGCGGUUAUCUUUUCUUAAAUCAUAAGCCAUGUUUUUCUGGAAAUUACAUGUCAAUGGGUUGUACCUAUAGCCUGGUGUCUAAAGUUGAUUUAGUGAAACCUUAAAGCUAUUAUGUGUCAACUUGUAUGCUAAACAGUUUGCUACAUGACAAAUGUUCGGUAAAUGUCAGUGGGGUAACUCCCAGCAUGAUUCACAGACAGUUACAGAUGGUCCGUGUAAUCAAUUGCAAAUGGUGGGCUUAAAAAAUAGUACUGUACACACACAGUACGAUCCUAAUGCCAGCUACCUAGUCUUCCAACUAAUAGAUUAAUAACACCUGUAUACAUGUCCAGCUGCUUGAAGAAAGUAGUGAUCUAAAUCUUUAACAUUUAUAGUAUUUAAUAGUGUAUUACAUUUUAAACAUAUUUCAGUAUUUCUGACGUCAAGAAAUUUUGAAAUACAUACUUUUAAAUACUGUAGUUCGGGUUUCAAUUUGAAAGAUUUUAUCAAAUUAGAGGACCUCUCUAUUUCUAGGAGUUAAGUUCCAAGAUUCCCAACAAUUUGACACGAAGGCUUCUUAUUUUCUUCCCCUUGCAACUGAGAUUUCUUAGGAUGUAAUCAAUAGCAAGAGUUAAUCAGUUCUCCCACUGAAUUGAUAUAAUGACAUUAAAAGCUAUGAAACCUGAUGUAAUAGUUAACCUGAGCUCCACUGAGGCUUCCUGAUAUAUAACUCACAAACCUACAUUAAUACCUUUUCUAGUUUGGAGACUAUAUAUGUACUCUUUGCCAUGAGGCCCAGCUAAAGGAAUUCCCUGUUGCCUCACUGAAUAGUGGUUAAGAGAAUGAGUCAGGAGCAGGUAGACAAGAAUUCUGCUCUGCUUCCUUCUCAAUGUGUCACCUUAGUUACUUUUUGGAGCUUCAAGUUCCUCUUCUAUGAAAAUGGUAUGGGAACACCUAUUUUCACAUGGUUGUUGAAAGAUUAAAGGAAAAGGUAUGUGAUGUAUGCGCUAACGUGUUUAUCACACAGCAAGCCCUUGAUGAUAACUAUGGUAUCUUCUACACUGGAUGUUGGGGAGGGAUGAAAUAAGGUAUCUUUGAUUCCUAAAUCUUUUUCCCUGUCUAGUGCAUUGUUGUCCUUUGACAUGAAAGCAGCAAGCCUGAAACCUACCCGAAGUAUAUGCAACCAAGUCAUCCAACAUCCAGACUAAAAUCCAAAAUUGGUUUAAUGCUUUCAAUAGUUUUCCUCAUCCUUUGGAGAAUAGGAGAAUAUCAGUUUCAACACUUUUCACAGCAGUUUUGUGAAGGUUUCCUACUCGCUUUGCUGCCCUGGAAACAGCAUGGUAAAAAUGUGUUAAUAUUCUUGGUUUCUCCUCAACUUGGGUUUAUACUAAUACAUGUAAUACACGUGUGUAUAUAUAUAGCCAGAGCUAUAUAAUUCUUUUUGUUCAAUGCCGUACCCAGUCAGCUACUUAGUAAGUGCUCUCUUAUCGUAGGAAACUAAACUAAUAUGAGGUAGAUGGCUCCGCUGUUAUUGACUUUCUCCUUAGUAGUCUUUUCCUAACUCAGCCACACUUUCUAUGACCAAUUAUUAUCCCCUCUCAAACACUAGUAUGAAUGUUAACUUCUAUUCUUGACUUUUUGAGAGAUGGUCUCACACUGGGGAAUCUCAAAUUUCUCGAGUAUAUCUUACUUUGAACACCUGUUUUUUAAGCAAAUGCAAACAGACUUCCCAGUUAUUUCAAAGGAUAUCAGCCUACCACUGGUAGUGGUCUCUGGCCUGUUAGGAACCCGGGCCGCACAGCAGGAGGUAAGCAGCGGGGGAGCGAGCAAAGCUUCAUCAGUACUUAUAGCCGCUCCCAUCACUCGCAUUACUGCCUGAGCUCCGUCUCCUGUCAGCAUUAUGGUGAGUUGUAUAAUUAUUUCACUAUAUAUUUGAAUGUAAUAAUAAUAGAAAUAAAGUGCACAAUAAAUGUAAUGUGCUUGAAUCAUCCCCAAACCACCCCCCUGCCCCCGGUCUGUGGAAAAAUUGUCUUCCCAGAACCCGGUCCCUGGUGCCAAAAAGGUUGGGGACCACUGGCCUAGAUAGAUAAUGGCAGAAUUCUUUUGGUUGGAUAAUCCAUAUUAGAAUCUUGGCAUCCACCUAGGGCAUCCGGGAAAGAAAGUACCCUCAAGGGCUCACUCAGUUGUCGAUAACUGAGUCCCGCUGCAGUAUAAUACAAAAUAUUGAGCUAGAGUAAAAGAACUGGGAAUGAUUCUGGGCAGCCAGCCACUUACUAACUAUAUGGCCCUGAGUAGGUUGAACUCUAAGCCACAGUUUCUUCAUUUUUUAUAGAGGGAUUCACAGCACUAGAUAAGCCAAUCUCAUAGAAUUGUGAAAGGAUUUCAUGAAGUGUGAGGAAUAUACUCCAUAUAUUCUAAUAUGAUGUACUAAUAUUUGUGGCACAAAGGCCAUAGUUCUCCCUGAAUUCUUCACGUAAGUGUGAUUAUGUUAAGAGAAGCCUAUGUGUUUAACUCAGUGUUGAUGAAACAAAGACCAUGGAUUUAAAUUCCAAAUUUCCCAGUUAUACACCUCCCAUGACCACAGAUUUCACACACUUAAUUCACAAAUACAGGGCAUAAGUAAAAAGGAUCAGCUGAAUCUACUCUACCUGAUCCAUUGCCAUUUCAGGAAAAACAAUUCAAAGAUAAUGGGACCCAAUAUCUCUUUUAAUACAGCACUAAGUUAUUUUUUCUGUAUGUUAACAGUCCUCAAAAUUUUUGGAAAUUUGCUGUUAAUUUUAAAAUUAAAAAAUUGAGGGUCUUUUCUUCUCAUAUUAUCCUUUCAUUGUCUAUUAUUGAUCUUUAGGAUUUGCUGGGUAGAGAGAGGGAGUCUAUGUGUUGAUAUUGUUUUCCUAAAUAAUAUUUCACCUAUAUUGGUAUUUAAUAACUUAUCCCUCCAGCUAAAUUGUACAUUCACUUGCAUAAUAAUGUCCCUAUCAUACGUUUUUAACAUAAUUUCAAGGAGAUUGUUAUUGACAGUUAACACAUUUUUAUUAUUGUAUUGUCUUCUUUGUCUUUAUAUAUACAACUGAAAUGGAAUACAAUACUGUACACCACAACAUAUGAUAUAUAAUCCCUCCCUAAUAAAGGAAUAGAUGUGAUAUAUUCCAGUUUGGUGCUCUCAGCCUGUUAGAUAAACUAGAACACAACCAUUAAA